GAGGCGUCAGAAGAUAGAAAUCGAAAAACAAAACUGCAGAGCAGCAGCCGCUGCAGCAGCUGUUGAGUCUUGUUCUUGUUUCGCUCCCUUUAUUCUCGCUCGCUGCUCCACACCAUUACCAGUCAAUCUCAGACUACUUUUCGAAGCAAAAAAUAAACUCAAAAUGCCACUCCAUAUUCUUCUCCUCCUUCGCAUUUGAUCUGUCGGAGUUCUCUAGUACCCUUUCAGAUUGCUUUCCCUCUCUCUCUCUCUCUCUCACACACACACAGUGCUUAGUUUCUUCUGUAAUGGCGGUUCAUCUCAAGCUAAGCUCGAGAUAACAGUUUAGGUUUGAUCUCUUUAUUGCUUUAUAAACUGAUGUCGUGGAAACGGCAGAGAUCGGGAAGUUUCUUUGUUUAAAGGAGACUUCGAUUCGUGGAAGUUAGAAGAAAUGCAGCUCUGUUCGAUCCUGGUUUUUCAGUCGAUAUUCGCAGCUCUUGAGUUGGAUUUAAGAUCUACAGGUCUUGUUCUCGUUUUUAGAGAGAUUUGAGGAUUUUGUUCGCUGAUUCAAGCCUUAAAAUUCUUAUUUUUUUGGAGGUGUGGAUGAUAAGAUAGGUUAUAGGUGGGAGAUUUCUCUCUUUCUUUCCCCUUUCUUGUUACCGGAGCUUAGAUUCGGCAAUGAACCGCAGCUUUAGAGCACAGGAGUCACGAAUGCAGACGUCCGUACAGCAGAGGCAGCCGGUUAGGAAGCUCGGGACGAUGAAGGAGAAGGAAGAUGAGCUCGCUUUGUUUCUCGAGAUGCGGAAGCGCGAGAAGGAACGGAAUAGCCUUCUUUUUCACAACUCGGAAGAGUUCGACGCUCCGCUGGGAUCUAAACAUGGCAAUUCUCCCAUAUUUAGGAUUGUCUCACCCACCCCUGCACGCAAGACGGUGGCUGAUGAGUUCCUGAAUUCAGAAAGUGAUAAAAAUGACUACGAUUGGCUUCUUACACCACCUGGUACUCCUCUUUUCCCAUCCCUGGAGAUGGAAUCACAGAAGACGUUUAUGAGUCAGAUUGGGACUCCUAAAACACGUCCUGUUUCAUUGAAGUCUAGGUUAGCUAAUCCUCAGAUUGAGCCUGCACCAAGGGGCAAUCCAUUAUCUAGGCAACCAACUUCAUCCCCUGGGUUGAGCUCCACUACUACCGGAACUCGAAGACCUUCCUCAUCCGGAGGACCAGUUUCAACUGCAUCUAGACCUCAAACACCAACUGGACGACCAACAUUAACGGCACCAGCUAAACCCUCAAGACCUUCCACACCUACCUCGCGAACCGCCUUGCCUUCGUCUAAGUACACAGCUCCUGCAAGAUCCUCAACCCCUACUACAAGAUCCAUGGCUAGAUCUUCUACACCGACAGCAAGGCCGACUGUACCAGCAUCCAAGCCCAUAUCAAGGUCAACAACACCAACUCGUAGAACGCUGGCCACGUCAAGUGCACCUAGUUUCUCUGCUCCUCCUGUACGGUCUUCUUCAGUUAAGAAGUCAGCUCCCCCAACAGCAACAAAGCCGGCGCCAUCACGUGGCAGUUCUCCAACUGUAAAAUCCAGACCAUGGAAACCCUCGGAGAUGCCUGGGUUCUCGCUCGAUGCUCCCCCAAAUCUAAGGACAUCAAUGCCUGAAAGGCCAGUUUCAGCCUCUAGGGGUAGGCCUGGAGCUCCCAGUGCUAGAUCAUCCUCUGUGGAGGCAGGUUCCAAUGGAAGAACAAGAAGGCAAUCGUGUUCUCCAUCAAGGGGACGGGCUCCAAAUGGUAGCAUCCAUUCCAGUGGAAGUUCUGUUCCUGCAGUUAGUCGAUCACAUUCCAAUGUUAGUGAUAAUGUGAGCCCUGUUGUAAUUGGAACUAAGAUGGUUGAAAGAGUAAUAAACAUGCGGAAACUGGCACCCCCAAAGCGAGAUGAGCCACACUCUGCCCAAAACAACUCCGCGGAGAAGUCAUCAUCAUCGCCAGAUAGCUCAGGCUUUGGAAGAACACUCUCAAAGAAAUCUUUAGAUAUGGCUUUGAGGCAUAUGGAUAUAAGGCGAAGUAUUCCAGGAAACUUACGCCCAUUGAUGACAAACAUCCCAGCUUCUUCAAUGUAUAGUGUGAGGUCAGGUACAACAAGAAGCAGGACAAUUAGCAUCUCAGAUUCUCCUCUUGCCACAAGCAGCAAUGCUAGUUCAGAGCAAAGCGUCAAUAACAACGCCCUUUGUUUAGAUGGGAGUGAAGUGGAUGAUGAUGAUCUUGGUUGUGAAAGAGGUGUUCGAUCUUCUCCGGUAUGUCAGCGUGGUAGGUGAUCUGAGGGAUCAUUAUUGUUUGGAAAAGGUAUUGUGCACUUGCUGAAGGAAAUUCAACCUCUAGAGUGAAUUGUCUUGACGAAUUACUGACAGAAGGUGUGCUUAUAUGUUUUUGUAAAGUUUAUCCGAUAGGUUCGCUGCUAAAUUAUAAUUUUCUUAGUCUUUUUGUACUAUUAGGGAAGAUGGUGAGGUAUGCCCUAUAGAUCUCUGGGUCAAUAUCCACGAUUACAUAUUAUGAACCAUAUUUAUACAAAACGUAAUGUUGUAACUGGAAAUUGAAAGGUAAGGUUUCUUUUUAAUCU